AUGCGGCAACCUGCAGGAAUUCUCUUGUUAGCUGUUUGCUUAACGGUAGCCCAAAAGCACUUCGAGGUGUGGCAACCAAGAGUCCAACAUAUCAACGAUGGAGAACGCUUGGUAAUUGGUAUGAAAACGAAAAAAGGGCCUCCUGAUGCUCAGAUCAUCUUACUCUCACAAUGUCUUGAGAAAUUUUACAUCAAAGUGGAAUCGGUGAAAAGAUGCCACUAUUUACUUGGAAUCCGAAUUGACUCUAAAUCGAUCACCGUGAUUGAUGAAGGUAGGCCGCGCAUUUGUAAUUCAUUUCUCAUUUCCACCUUGUGUCUCACGCCCCAUUUUCAGUAAACUACAGAGUCACACAACCCCUUAAGGCCUCUUACACUAACUCCAAUUUAACAAUCACACAGGUGAUGGGCCUAGUGACGGUUAUCUUUACCUCUCUCGACGACAAGCAAUCCAUUACAUUCAACACGACAAGGAUGGCAACCACAUUAAAAUUGGUGGAUUUAAUUUAUAUGGACGGAAAUUUGGCGGCACCGCCAAGCAUCACCGUAAAUACCGCAACCCGAGACCCUUUAUAUGAACCCCUAACGAUGGCUCACGGUAAGUGCGUGAGAAAUGCCCGUGCUGUAAAAAUAAUAAAAUCUAUACAAAUUCAAAAAUCCAUCGCUCCAUUCAUCGAUUUAAAACGGUGGAUUUUUAGCGUGGGCCAAGCAAAAUAAUUUUUUUAAAGUAAACUACCUAUACACGUUUUUCCAUGUGAAACAGACGGGUAUAAGGCAAAAAAAUGUUUUUUCUCUGACUGCACUCUACUCUCUGAGCCGCAAAUAUCAAUUAAGCCUUGCUAAUGAAUUUCAGGCGAUGCGAUAAAACUAAAAUUUCAAUUCCAUGACGCGAGCAGCGAACUGUCUUUGCUCGCGGACGAGGAUGCCGUAAUCUUCUACCUAAACCCAAGAGCUGGCAAUCAUUUAGCCUUCAACCAAAACUUCGAUGGUAACUGGAAGGCCGAAAGAAGCUGUGUCUAUAACGGGUCAACAACGGACAACGUAUACGACCUACUUAUCAAAUACAACAGCAAGCAACAAGGAGGAGGAGUAGAUGUAAACUUCAACGGAAUGCCCUGUGCCUUUUUCGCAUUCAGUCCACCAAAAAAAAUGGAGAUUAGGAGACUUUAUAUGGCAAUGCGAAAAAACACCUUGCUUGACUUUCAAGUAAUCCCGCAGAACAAGCUGGUUGUAUAA